ACUGCGCAGACUCACACACAGAGGAGGAGACAGGGCUCGCUUCCCCACAGAGGAAUUUAAGUCUUCUUAAAAAGCUCUCAGGAGCUCAUCACCACCAGUAAAGCUGUAUAAGCACCGGGUUGACGGGACUGAAGGAAGUGGCGCGUCGUACGGGGAGCUGCCUGCUGAAAUCGCCAUGAGUUACAAACCCAUUGCUCCUGCGCCGUCUGGCUCCAACCACACGCCUCCAGGAUCCUCUGUCCCCUCUCCAUCCCUGCCCUCGUCAUCCAACUUUAGGCCGGCAUUUAGUGACUUUGGCCCACCCUCCAUGGGCUUUGUUCAGCCUGUCAAAGUGUCUCAAGGGUCCACCUACAGUGAGCUUCUGUCUGUCAUCGAGGAGAUGAGCCGUGAGAUCAGGCCAACAUACGCUGGGAGCAAGAGCGCUAUGGAGAGGCUAAAGAGAGGAAUAAUCCAUGCCCGUGCACUGGUCAGGGAGUGUCUUGCAGAGACGGAGAGAAGCGCCCGCACAUAACCUUUUCGAAAGCUCCCUUCACUCCUCACUCUUUCCCUGUAGAAGCCUGUCCUCAUCAAGAUCCUCAUCGUCUGUUUUACAACCUUUUUUUUGUGACCCUCUCACCUUUUGCGCUUUCCUCAGCAGCUUUUUAUAGGUGCAUUAUGUCCUUCUUGUCUCCACUGUUCCCUGCAUUCCACCACACCGAUUUUGGUAAUCACAAACUAUCUGUGAACUGUGGGGUGUACACAAAAUGCAUUUUUGUAUCUAUUUGAAAUGAGAGUGUGGGGAAUUUCAUCCCAUUUUCAAGUUGAGCUGUGGAUUACAACCUUAGUAAAAUGAGUAGGAAUGUUUAAAGUAUUAUUUGUUCAAUAAUGGCAAUUGACCAAGAAAGUUCAGGGUUUUUAACGAUGAAAUGUUCCAGCUGCUCAAGUUUCUAUUCUGAACGUAACUGUGGAACCACUGAUUAUUUUUUUUGUUAAUCAGAGCAUCUUGAAUAUACCCCAUUUCCAUCCACCCUUGUUUUGUUUCAUCAUAUUUUGUAGUGAAAAACACACAUUAGAUGUUUCUCAAUCCCAAGAACGCUGUACAUCUCAAGUCAAUUUGUUAGUAUGGAAAUUUUGUAAACCAGAUUUUUGCAGUUCUGUAUGUAUAUCUUAAUUAAAUAACAGAAAAAAAACA